AUGACUUCUGUUUUGAGUAUUUACGGCAACAACUCUGAAGAAAAACAUGGGUGGCUGGCUUCCAAGGUUAUCCACAAGGUCAAAUCUAAAGGUAGACUUUACAUGGCUAAAAAGGCUUUUAAAUACAUAUCUGAAUUUUUAACAAUUGUAAAAAUGGACUCUUAUGAACAAGCCUUCUAUGCCAAAUCCUUUGCUCUACCAAUCCCCCAGGAGAAGCUUUCGCAACUGGAACCCAGUCAAUUUCAGUCAUACUGGGAUAGUGGAUACAUUUCAUUUCUGGAAAAAGAUGAAGCUAAAGAAAUACUGAAAUCUCAUGGAACAAAAGAUUUGUUUUCCAAAAAGGAACGCAAAGCUUUCAUCAAGUCAAUUGAAUAUGGUGCUGGUAACAGUCUGGCUGUAUGCAUCAAUUCAAUUUAUAAAAAUCUUAGUGAUAACAGCUAUUUUGAAAAAAGUGAUGAGGAAGAAGAACAAGAAGAACAAGAAGAAGCUGCUGAGGGUGUCAAACCUGAAGAAUCUACUGAACUAAAAAAUGAUGUUGUUGCCAACCUUGAAACUAAAGAAUCCAAGACUGAAGAAUCCAAUACUGAAGAAUCGGCACCAAAACUUGAAAAAUUAAAAAAGCCACAAGAAAAGGAACUUUUGAAUGAAAAAAUAAAUUCUUCUGAUACAUUUUUCUUUAACAUUUUGACACUUUACUACAUGUCGCAAGUCUACCAUGCCAACAAGUCCAACGAGGCUAUGAAAGAUUAUGCUGAAGCACUUAAAGAAAAUGUUGUUAUAACACCUGAAACUAACGUUUACGAUUUUAAGGGGAAUCAGGUCUCAUUGAAGGAACUAGGAAAAUAUCGCUCACACAGUAGUGAGUAUAACAUGUUGCCUCUGGCAGAAGAAGGAACUCCUACUGGGUACAAGAUUAAUGGUGUGCUAAGGAAACCUGAAGAACUUUGGAAGUACAUUACAGUCGAACAGUCUUCGCUUUAG